AUGGCCUAUGUAGCAGAUGGCGAGAUUGUGGACGGUUCUUGGGAACUGAAUAUUUUGGUAACAGACCUCCAGGUGGAGAAGACUUUACGAGUAAUGGGAGAUCUUCAUAUCGGAGGAGUAAUGGUUAAACUUGUGCAAGCACUUGACAUCGCACUGGACUGGUCAGACCAUGCCCUGUGGUGGCCGGAGAGAAACAAGUGGCUACUACGAGCACGUUCAACGCUGGACCAGUACAAUGUCCAGGCAGACGCCAAGCUGCAGUUCACACCCAUGCACAAGAAUCUCAAAGUCCAGCUGUCUGACCUGCAGGUGCUGGAGCUGCGAGUGGACUUCUCCAUCAAGUGUUUCACUGCCGUAGUGCAGACCUGCAAGGAGCUGGGCAUCAGACAUCCCGAAGAGCUGUCGUUUAUGAGAAAAUGGGACAAGGAUGACUUAAAGAAGGUGGCCAAAGAAGUACACAAGAGGAAAAAGAAAGGUGAUCCCGAUGCCAACGGGCCGCUGAGUGCUAACGGAACUCACCACAAUUCACAAGGAAGCCUGGAUGGUGGCAAACUGAGCCCUUAUCCCAACAGGAGUCCUAUCGGCCCGUCACCUAACAGCACACUGAUACGGUCGGCAAACAGCCCCUAUAACCUGUCCACAUCCAUCUCUGGAUACAGCACAUUCAACGGCACUGUGUCGCCGGGCUCCAUGCACAGUCUCUCGUUUGAAGGCAUCAUGGAGUCAUCUCUAGCCAACUCGCCGCCAGUCCCAGCCAAAGAAGCCUUCCAAUACUUGUACCGACCAAAGAACUUCGCAGAGAAAGCCAGAAUCAACUGCGCGUGA